UCCCCCGGCCGCCUGCCGUGGCGCCCCCCUCGGAGCUCCCCGGCCGGCCCUCGGGGGCAGGGCUGCUCCCUCCCGAGUCUCCCCUUGCCAAUCUUGUAGAAGCCUUAGGGAAAAAAAAAAAAGAACCGGGGGGAUCUGACGACUGAUGGUCCGCACAUGUCCGAUGGGAAGUUUUUUUUAGGCAGAAGUUUCGGUCCUUCCCCAGUCUAUAAUGAGGAGCCUCGGGUCUUAAUCUCUCUUCUGCUUUCCUCCUUUAGAAAAUCGUGGGCCAAGACAAUUCCAUUUUCGGCGUCUUGGGUCUCCCCUGCACUUCCUUGUGCACUAGUCCCCCCUUCCCCAACCGCUCUCCCCUCCCCCAAGGAUCAGGUCGAAGCUUCUCUCGCUCGUGUGGAUCGCGCUGGUGUGUCCGGGGAUGGCUUUAAGCUCCCGAGCUCACGCCUUCUCCGUGGAAGCCCUGGUGGGCAGAUCGACCAAAAGGAAACUCCGAGACUUGCGGGAUGAGCAACCCGCUCAGGACCUGCUGGAGAAAGGCGACGAGGAAGAGGAGGAGGAGGAGGAGGAGGAGGAAGAAGACGAAGACAGAGAAGCCGGGCUGGCGAGGAAGGUCGAGGAAUCGGAGAAGAGAGCCAAAGCGGAGGCUUCGAUGGCCGCCUUCUCCGGAGGGCCCGAAGGUGCGGAAGAGAGAGAGAACGUGCAGGCGGAGUUGCAAGGCUCGGAGCUGUGGCAGAGAUUCCACGAGAUCGGGACUGAGAUGAUCAUCACGAAAGCCGGCAGGCGAAUGUUCCCUUCCGUUCGCGUCAAGGUGAAGGGGCUGGACCCCGCCAAACAGUAUUACAUCGCCAUCGACGUGGUGCCGGUGGACUCCAAAAGAUACAGAUACGUGUACCACAGCUCCCAGUGGAUGGUGGCCGGGAACACGGACCACUCUUGCAUCACUCCCAGGCUCUACAUCCACCCAGACUCUCCCUGCUCCGGAGAGACCUGGAUGAGGCAGAUCGUCAGCUUUGAUCGCGUCAAACUCACCAACAAUGAGAUGGACGACAAAGGACAUAUUAUCCUGCAGUCCAUGCACAAGUACAAACCUCGAGUGCACGUCAUCGUGCAAGACAGCCGCUUCGACCUCGCCCAAAUCCAGUCGUUGCCGGCCGAAGGGGUCCAGACGUUCUCCUUCCCAGAAACGGAAUUCACCACGGUGACGGCCUACCAAAACCAGCAGAUCACCAAGUUGAAAAUAGAUCGAAACCCUUUUGCCAAAGGAUUUCGAGAUCCCGGAAGAAACAGGGGUGUCCUGGACGGACUUUUAGAGACCUAUCCGUGGAGGCCGCCUCUCAGCCUGGACUUCAAAACCUUUGGGGCCGAAACACAAAGUGGAAGCAGCAGUGGCUCCUCCCCAGUGACCUCCAACGGUGGGCCUCCCUCUCCUCUGAACUCCUUCCUUUCUCCACCUUGCUCACCACCUGCAUUUCACCUAUCAUCCGGCACUCUUGGAAUGCCCUGUUCAGAAACCUAUUUACACAACUUCAGCUUGCCUCUUUGCUACAAGAUUUGCCCAAGCAAUCUUUUGAGAACACCACCUCUUGUGUUUCCCACUCCUGAAAAGCCUGGAAGCACCAGUCCUCAUUCUCUGCCUCCUUUCAUGAUGGACGUUCCCAUGUUAUCCUCUCUAGGAAUCCCCAACUUGAAAAACGGCAAAGCUGAAGACUUAAGUGGGCAGUGUCUGCAAAUGCCCCAUCCUGCCAAUCCAACACUGUAUGGGUUACAUGUGCCUGCAAACGUGUUCCCGUCGGCUCCUAUUGCCCGAGAAGCCUUUGGUUGUUCUUUACAUCCUUCCUAUGGCUUUUAUGGCUAUAAUUUCCCCGCGCCAUCCAGACUGAUGAACACAGCCAGCCAUUUCCGAGUGAGCCACGGCAUUCCAGCUUCCUAUCGAGAUGGCAGAUGCAACCACUCUCACUGGCAUCCAACAAUUAACCACUGCCUCUAACGUAAUUUUGCGAGUUCAGAGCAGGACACGGCCUUAUUUGGGAGGGCACCGUCAACAAAAGCUGAUGAAAAGGAGCUUGAUACCUCAGUGCUACGUUGUUAGAAGCCAUUGCUCUCUCCUGAAGUUCCUUCCCCCAAAGGGAUCGGAUCAGUAUCGCAUACUUUACAACAGCAUGGGGGACCAUCCCGGCCGGAAGACCUACUUAAUCAUUUCCUAAGACAACCACAGGCCAUGAUGAGCUGAAAGCUGUUCAACAACCUCCCACUGCUUGGGUUCUAUAAAUUGGUCAUUUUGUAUGGCCUAUGAAUAUGUAUAGCAAAAAGAAGAUUCCCCACCCUUGCUUGAAAGUAAACACUCCAGAGAAAGAAAUUUGAAGAAAUAACACAGGAUUUUCAAAGGGGACUUUAGGGGAUGGAAAACUGCUUUCUACUCCAAGAACUGGACUAUGUGUAUUCCAUCGAUCCCCACUUACACUAGAACUGUACCUGCCUUUUGCCCCCCCCCCUUUUUCCUACAGCCAGUUCUGUCUCUUUCCCCAAAUGGAUUUACUUCUCACUGUGUGCAGUAUAGAGCAAAGGCCUUUACCUGCGAUAACCUCUGUGGCCACUCUGGAAGGGGAUUUGAGUGUCCUUGCAAACCGUUCAUUUGCAUUCCACUGUGGACACCCUGCUAACAAGUUCACUGGGAAGGGACAAACAAGGACAGAAAGCUUUAGACUUUUCAUGAAACUCUGUAGCUGCUCCAUUUAAUUACCUUGACAAUAAAAUCUGAACAUUAAUGCUGAAGGAAAGCAAGAUAAAUGAAAAGCAAAACCCUCUGAAAUAGAUCUGAUGUUUGGUUUCCUUUUAUUUGUUUGGGAAUCAUUCCGACAUGAAGCCUGUUUACUUGUGCCCUUAACUCACUUGCUAUCUUAGACAGACUCUUGCCAAAAAGAAAAAAAAAGAAGUGACUGAAGUUCUCCAUGAAGAAGAAUGAGGAAGUCUGACUGAAGGGAGGGAUGAAGACAUUUGAGCCCACAGAUCUGAAAAUGGCAUGAAAUUGGUUGAAAUAGACUAGAUAAAAUAACAUAAAAAGAGUGUAAAUAAUAUGUACUCAUCUUAAGCUUAGGAAUCUUGCAUUUCCCCCCUUGUGUGAUCUUAAAAUGCCUUUCAUAGACAUGUUGAAAGAAAUAUAUGGAUAAUCUAUCAAAGGGACGUAAAGACGAAUCCAAUUCUGCUUUCGCACGGCACUAGGUCUAGUCACUUUAUUAAGGAGAGGCCCUUGAAUGGGCCUGCUAUGACUUUGAACAAGUCCUUCUCUCUCCUCCCAUCCCGAACUUACUUGACCAACUUGAACUAGACAUUUUUGUUGUUGUUCAGUCUUUUCAAUCAUGUCCAAUUAUUCGUGAC